AUGUCAGAUCUCCGUCAUCGCCUUCAAGAAGCGGUCUUCGCCACCGCCUUCCGGAGACGAAUUCAACAACAUGCUGCCACGUCAUCAAUGCCAUCGAAGGAUUCGAAAACAAUGUCUUCAAAAGAAGUGGAACAAGGAGAACGAGGAGAAAUCAGUGCAAUUGACAAACUUCUGGAGGAUUACAUCAAGCCUCAAAGGCUGUCUUUCGCUUUGGAAACCUUUACCACAACUCAAAAGCCGGUUCAGUUGAUCACUGCAGAUAUUGUAGAAGGGUCUGGACAUUCUGGAAGUGCUGAAACCUUUCAAAACCUCAAAUCGACCACAGAAUCCUCGAAAAUCACUGGCAGAAUGUUCGACGACGCCUUCAAAGAGCCUCUUUCUUCGAACGCUUCCACUCAGUUUCCACGUGUUCCCGCGUGGAUUGCAGUCACCGUUUGUACCGCCUGUGUAUUGACAUUCUUCCUGUUAAUCGGCACACUUGUCUAUUUCAUCUCACAAAAAAAAUGUAGGAACAAACGGCAAGCUGAUUUCGGAUUGAAUCAAAGAAGAAUGAUGCCGGAUCCUUUGACAGUUCAAGGUAUUUCAGAGAAUGGUUCCGGCUCGAACUUUAAAAUAAUUUUCAGGACUGUGUCACACCACACCUUCCUGCCAUAUUGGUCCCAUUUCUGCGGCGAACUCUCGGAGGAACAGUUUCAUAAUGGAUCAGGAUCGAGCUGCCUCUUCCAUCUGGGCUAAUCCAUAA